UACUCACAUUUGUUUUUGUGCUGUGAGAACACAGCCCUAGUUCAAUUAUCACAGCAUCACAGCCACCAUGGCCUCUUACACUGCUUACAGUGGCUACACCAAGCCACCUCAAUCCUAUGCUGGGUCUUACUAUGAUGAAAAGCAAGCCCAGGCCUACACUGACUACCAAGACUCUGUGUACGAGGAAAAAAAGAGGAUUGAGAAGAAGGACCGACGGGAGGCCAUCUGCUGUGAGGUGGUGGCCCUCGUCAUUGGCUUCAUUGGACUAAUCGGGGUGGCAGCCGUGACUGGGCUGCCGAUGUGGAAGGUGACGGCUUUCAUCGAGGAGAACAUCAUUGUCAUGGAGACCCGCUGGGAGGGGUUGUGGAUGAACUGCUACAGACAGGCCAACAUCAGAAUGCAGUGUAAGGUGUACGAUUCCCUGCUGUUUCUGCCUCCAGAUCUCCAGGCUGCUAGGGGUCUGAUGUGCGCCUCCGUGGCCCUGACCUCCUUCGCCCUGAUUGUUUCUGCUGUGGGGAUGAAAUGUACCAAAGUGGUGGACCAUCGGGCUCGCACCAAGCAUAUUGUUCUUGUGGCUGGAGGUUGUCUGUUCCUCAUGGGCUGCGUCACCACUCUGAUUCCCGUGUCCUGGACUGGCCAUGUCAUCAUUAGAGAUUUCUACAACCCUCUGCUGAUCGAUGCCCAGCGCAGGGAGCUUGGGGAGGCUCUUUACAUUGGCUGGGUGACUGGGGCUAUACUUUUCACAGCGGGAGUAAUCCUGCUGUGCCGUCACGCUCCCCGCACCCAGGACCCAGAUGAGAGGAUUGCAUAUAAUCCCGGGCAAAAUAUCUACCAACCUGGAUAUUCAUACCAGCCCAACACGUACCAGCCCUACACGUACCAGCCAGCGUACUCCUACCAACCCCCCUACUCUGCACCCCCACCUGGAUCUGUGGCAUACACCCCAAGCCAGUACUAGGCAACAAACAAACAGAGACAAUUUUGGACUCUUUGUUUUCCCUUGUUUUUUUACAUGCUAAGAUUUGGAGAAUUGGAAUAAGGACAGUCAGAUGACUUGUACCUCCAAACACAGUCUGAAACUGGCCAAACUUUCAUUACUUUUCUCAAAGAGGGCCAAGUUACUUGCUGAGAAAUAUGUUUUUGCUAUAAACUGUGCUAAAUUCAUUGCAUAUUCUUUAUUCAUUUCCAUACAGUUAAUUUAAGAAGCGUAUUUCUGGUACAUAAUACUACACAUACAAUACUACACAAUAAGACUCUGUUGUCAUACUCUUUGAGAAUUAAUUUUGUGCACUGGGCCUUUUUCAGAUUAUAUACCUCUGGAUGAUUUGUGUUUACUGCUGAAUUUUUGUUGUAUAUAGAUACAUAUUUUUCACAUUUUCCAGGGUUAUACAUUAAGUUAAAUGUUGAUUCCAAUAAAGGCACAAUGUUACUAAAAAUCAUCAGAAUUCCAUUUGUGAUUUGUCUCAGAGGAAAAAAACUGUUUGCUUGGCUAACAAAAGCCUGACUGAAACUCCC